UCCAAGAACUCUGUUUAGGAAUGGAGCUCACUGGUUUACCAUUUCUUGUAGCGGUCAGGCCACCAGAAGGUGCAAAAACAAUACAAGAAGCGUUACCGGUAGGGUUCGAGGAAAGAGUGAAGAAUCGUGGAGUAGUCUGGGGAGAAUGGGUGCAGCAACCAUUGAUAUUGGCUCAUCCAUCAAUAGGCUGCUUUGUGAGUCAUUGUGGUUUAGGGUCAAUGUGGGAGGCUCUAGUGAGUGAUUGCCAAAUAGUCUUGCUUCCAUACUUGUCUGAUCAAGUUCUCAACACGAGAUUGAUGUCUGAGGAACUCGAGGUUUCGGUGGAAGUGCAAAGAGAAAAAACAGGAUGGUUCUCCAAGGAGAGCUUAAGUGUUGCAAUCACCUCGGUGAUGGACAAAGAUAGCGAGGUGGGGAAUCGAGUGAGGAAGAACCACGCCAGAAUAAAGGAGAUUUUGGUUAGUCCUGGAUUACUAACCGGUUACACUGAUAAAUUUAUCGAAACCAUGCAGAAUCUAGUCAACGAUCCAAAUCUCGAAUGAACUAAUUUCAUCAUAAAGAAAGUACGUAGCAGGUGUCACAAAUAAGGAAAUAAAGAAACGACGCCAUGAUGUCGUUAAUAGUGUUUUAUAUUUUUCACAAAGUUGUAAUAAUAGAUCAUUACCACAAAAAAAAGAGUUGUAAUAAUAGAUUUCUCUUUGGUCAAAGUUUGUCUUUUUCUAUAGAAAAAACAAGAAUGCGAGUUUACUUUCAUGACCAAGAUAUGCUAGUGCCAAAAAAUAAUUUCUAGUAACAAUCCUCUA